GCCCGGCAAGCCGGCAGCCCUGAGGGAAGCCGGGCUGCGGAGCGCGGGUGAUCGGCCGCCCCAGCCCGGCGAGGGCCCCUCUGAGGAGGCCGCGGAGGAGGCGCCGUUGCGUCCGCUGCAGUCGGAGCUCGGCGUGAGCCGGUCCCGGGCGCCCCGGUUUACAGCGUCAGUAAGUGUUUGGCUCCGAGGCCCGGGGCCGCCGCCCGGGCACCAUGCAGGCCGCAGGGCUGUGUCCGCGGGCAGCGCCCCUGCCGGAAGGGGCUGCCGCGGGGCCGAGCCGCCGAGCCGCCCCUGCCGCCCGGCCCUGCCCGUAGGGCGUCGGGGCCCGCAGCACGGCCGCGCCCCCGUCAGCGCCCCUCCCGCCGGCUCUGAAGUGGAGUAGGAGGCGGUGGUCCGGGGAGCCCCCUGCUCCCGUCCGCCAUGAAGGCGGAGGCGGCCGCCUCGUCGCAGGAGCCCCCGACCGGGCCCGACGGUGGCGUCAGUAACCUGCUGAGUAGCCGGAAGCUGGUGGCCGUGGGGGCCGUGCUCGGCUGGCUUCUGGUCAUCCACCUCCUGGUCAACGUGUGGCUUCUGUGCCUUCUGUCUGCCUUGCUGGUGGUCCUCGGAGGAUGGCUGGGCUCCGACGCCAUCGUGGGGGCUUCAGGUCGGCUGCACCUGGAACGCUUCAUCCCGAUGGCCACGUCCCCCCCAAGCCCGGAGGCAGAGCGGCAGCUGGAGCAGGAGAUCGACCGCACUAUCCGGAUGAUCAUGCGGGACUUCGUGUCGUCGUGGUACCGCACGGUGAGCCAGGAGCCAGCCUUCGAGGAGGAAAUGGAGGCGGCCAUGAGAGGGUUGGUCCAGGAGCUCCGGAGGAGGAUGGCCAUGGUGGACAGGCAUGCUCUGGCCCAGAGGGUUCUGACUCUCUGCGGUUGUCACCUGCAGAGCUAUAUUCAGGCAAAGGAGGCCACGGCAGGGCAGCAGAGUGGCACAGUGGAGCCCUCCCAGCUCUGGGAGGCUUACUGCCGGGUCACCGCCCCACAUCCUGCUGUACAGAGUCCCAGCGCUGAGGUCACCUAUACACGUGGCAUCGUGAACGCGGUGCUUCAAGGACUGGUGCCAAAGCCCCACUUGGAGACCCGGACCGGUCGCCAUGUAGUGGUGGAACUCAUUACUUGCAAUGUAAUCUUACCACUGACCAGCAAGCUCUCAGAUCCUGACUGGAUCCACCUUGUACUAGUGGGCAUCUUUUCCAAGGCCAGAAAUAAUCCAGAAGAAGUGGUGAAACCACUUUGCCCGGCCAGUGCCCUGGAACAGCCCUCGGUGCCCACAUCUCUGCCUCUGACUGUUGAGGAACAGAGCCCACCAGAGGUGAGAGCUCCGUCCCCAGCAGCAGCCCCCCUGCUCCUCAACUGUAGUGAGCCAGAGGGGCCCCCACACCCCUCCCCAGAAGUUGAAGAAGGCUGUGAAGCACUCGAGGGAGACUUGGGGGAAGUACUGGAAGAAAGAAAAGUUGGAAACAACUCUUCUCAUUUCCUGCAGCCAGAUAUUCGAGGCCCCCUGUUCUUGUGUGACGACACAGAGCUGGAGUCCCCAUUGUCUGAACUGGGCAAAGAAACCAUCAUGCUUAUGACCCCAGGCAGCUUCCUCUGUGACAGGAUCCAGGACGCCCUGUGUGCCCUAGGAGGUUCCCAGUCCCUGGAGUCUAAGGACGGUGAGAGAGCCAGAGGAAUUGAAGGGGCAGAAGCUGAGGAGGGUCCAGGAACAGAAGCGGAGACAGGCCUGCUUGUCUCCAUGCUGAACUCCUGCCCAGAGAUCCAGAUUGACGCAGCAGACAAGGAGGCAGAGCAAGGAGAUGUCACCUCUCAUACAACUUUGCUGGCCAGUCCGGAAAGGACGUGCCCCUCGCGACCCUCGUGCUUAGAGAAAGAUCUCACCGAUGGUGUGAGCUCCCUAGAUCCUAGUCUGCCACAGGUUCUGCUUUCCUCCUCCCCACCUGGUCCCCUCAGCUCAGCCACCUUCAGCUUUGAGCCCCUCAGCAGUCCAGACGGCCCCGUUGUCAUCCAGAACCUUCGUAUCACCGGCACCAUCACUGCUCGCGAGCACAGUGGCACCGGGUUCCACCCGUACACGCUCUACACGGUGAAGUACGAGACGGCCCUGGACGGCGAGAGCAGCGGCGGCCUGCAGCAGCUGGCCUACCACACCGUCAACCGCCGCUACCGCGAGUUCCUGAACCUGCAGACCCGCCUGGAGGAGAAGUCAGAUCUACGGAAGUUCAUCAAAAAUGUGAAGGGUCCUAAAAAGCUCUUUCCAGACCUUCCAUUUGGAAACAUGGAUAGUGACCGAGUGGAAGCCCGCAAGAGCCUCUUGGAAUCAUUCCUAAAGCAACUCUGCGCCAUUCCUGAGCUCGCUAACAGUGAGGAGGUGCAAGAGUUCCUUGCCCUGAACACAGACGCGCGCAUCGCCUUCGUCAAGAAACCGUUCGUGGGCUCCCGGAUAGACAAGACCGUGGUGAGCGCGAUCGUGGACACCUUGAAGACAGCAUUUCCUCGCUCCGAGCCCCAGAGCCCCACCGAGGAGCUGAGUGAGGCAGAGACAGAAAACAGACUCCAGACAGAAGGCAAGAAGGCCAGCAAGUCCAGACUGAGGUUCUCAUCCAGUAAAAUUUCUCCAGCACUGAGUAUAAGUGAGACACACGAGAAGAUUCUCUAUUGUUUCCGGGAAGGCGGUGUGGAGUCAGAGAUCCUCUCCACAUCUGGGAUGGAAUCCUUUAUUGAAAAACAGACGAAGUUACUCGAGAUGCAGCCAGCGGACGCCCCAGGGAAAGAUUCCGAGCAAAUCUCCGAAGGGUGCGUGGCUGGUCACGUGUCGGACGCAGCCCUGCCAGCCCAAGACCUCGGCAGCAGUGACCCAGGAGCAGAGACGGAGUUGGCUGACACAGCCCUGGAUCUGCUGCUUUUGCUGCUGAUGGAGCAGUGGAGAUGGCUGUGUACGGAAAACAUGCGGAAAGUUCUUCAUCUCAUCUUUGGGACGCUAAUUCAGAGUGACUUUGGGAAGCAGUCAAGGCAAGAAGUCGUCCGUUUGUUAAGAAGGAGGCCAGUUGCAGAGAGUCCAUUCGACUUCUGAGCAGCCAGGCUGCGGGGCUGCUUGCCUGUCACAGCACGCGCUGUGACCCUUGUGGCUCCGCUGGCUGCCGAGUUUCUCUUCUCCAGAAGGGGGCCGGCCCCUCUGAUGUGCAGUAUUGGGGUGAAAGCUGUGGUGGCCUCUUCCUGACAGGACUCUCUCUGGCUUGGAGCAGAGACACGACGGUUGCAGAGACACAGGGAGCCACAGGUUGUGAGAAGACUUCCUGCUGCUGCUUUUACUUGGACCGAACAGAUGACAGGCAGAAUGUGCGCCUGACUUUGCCCGGCUUUGCGCUCCGGCAGCUCUGCUUUCUCGGAGCUGGACCGUGGUGCGUGGGUAGCAGCGCGGUGUGGGGCUGAGAAAGGCUGCUCUGAAGGCCGUGGUGGGUGCUAGAUUUGUGUGAUAAUCUUUGAAACUGGAAUCCUGAGUGUCACAGCGCUCAGAUCUAGAACAGGUUUCUAAAGGUCCUCGCAGUCAGUCUCAUUUUUCCAGUGAACACAGAACCGCCAGGUGUCUCCCUCUUCUGCAUUUGUUGAAAAGGUAGUCUGACUGCUGCUUUGGGCCACUUCUUGCGUGAACAUUCUGCUCCCUUCUUUUCUUCUCACUAGUUUCAAGUAAGGGGCUGGAGUCAGUUCGCUGCUGCUCCGUCCACUGGGGCACCCCCAGAAUACAAGUGUGCCUCACGGUCCUCACAGCCCUUUUGCUUCUGUCUGACUUCAGUCUCUUGUAUCCUCUGGGCCUAUCUCCCAGGAAAACUGACAAAAACACAGUGUGGCAGUGGUCCCCUCUCCAGGGCCCGCGGGGUGUGCAGGGUCCAGAGCACAGCUGGCCCUCCCUGCCUCCCGCCUGUCUCCCCUGCCAGGGGAGGGCGUGACCAGGUGUGAGUGCGUGGAUUAUUCACAAGGAAUUCUUAAUUCCAGCUCAGCUGACUCCUUACCCAGUGUACUUGUAACAUCACCCUACAGCUGGUGUGUUGGGCCACAGUUUAAUUUUAAUAUGAGCCUAAACAGAAGAUUGUUAGGAAAAUUAAUCUGCCAAACGUUUCCAUAAAUACGUAUAAAAUGCCAGAUACAAAGGGUUUCUAGAUCGUCUGCUUUGUUUUAACCUGUUACCGUCCUCCUCCGAAAGCCCACAGUCAGCUCACUGUCCUCGUGCUGCUUCGUGGGUCGGGACGUUUGCCUUCCGCACAGCUGUGUCUGCGCUGUGGGCCACACCGUGCGAGCAGGGUCGUCCCUUUACAGCGCUGACUCACUUAGUGACUAAUACACGCUGAUCACCUGCUGUGUGCCAGGCACUCAUGUUAAGUGAUUAAAAUACAAAAAAGACCCCACGUUCCUUCCCUAAGUUCCCCGCUCAGUUGGAGAUGCAGCCUCACAGAUAGGGAGUUACCGUGUGAAGUUCUUUAGAAAGACCUGUGUACGAUUCGGAGAAGGGACUGAGUAAUCAGCUGUAAGAGACCCGGGGAAGGUUUAUAGAGGAGGUGAGUCUGAGGGGGGGCGGAAAGGGUGAAGGCACACCGCGCGCUGACUGGAGAACGGAGCACUGAAGGCAGCGGGGGGACCUUGAGGUGUGAUGGGAGCGCGCCGUGUGGCCAGAGCGGCCGAGAGCGCGCGGAAGGCGCGGUGGGCGCGACUCACACAGAGCCCUUGCACCCUUCAGGGAACAGAGGGUUCCGCCCCCGUCUGGGGGAUUUUUUAAGAGGACCCAAAGGAGUCUUUCUCUGACACACACAAACACACAAGCACGUUCAAAUGGGAAGCCAUUUAGAAAAUUUAAAUGGGCGAUGACACGAUCAGCUUUGUAACUCAGAAAAAUCGCUUCAGUAGUGCCGUGGAGGACUGACUGAGGCAGCGUUAGAGCCAGGAAACAAGUUAGGAAAGGGUUAUACUGAUAGUGAAAUGAUGGGGACCUCAGCCAGGAUCACCGCCGCAGACAGAAAGGGCCAAUGUGCUACCAGAGGGGGUGUCGGGGCACGGUCACCCAGAGUCGUAAGUGUUGAAUACCGAUGUGGUUGCGGGGGCUGGUGGACUGGGGCAGGGAAAAGGAGACCCCAGGGACUGGCUGUCUGCCUUGUGGGCCGACAGAAGGGCUGCUGUCUUUCUGAGCAGGGUAUCUGAGUUGUGGUGGUGAGUCUGGUUACUUAUUAAAUUGGUAGGUUAGGGCCUACUUCUGUGCAAAAAUAAAUGAUGACGGGAGGGAGCGUGGACUGUACUUCUAAUAAUUUUGAGAUUUUUGAAAGAAAACCUGAUGGGGAAGGGGCAGAUUGUACUUGCAUCUUUUCUUCUGUCCGCAAGUUCUGUCUCUGGAAGAAAAAGGAAAACGUGGGAUGAAUAGUUAACUGUGAAGCUGGUUCAGAGGAAAGGUUUUUACAUUUUCUUACUAAGAGUUCUAACGCUGGAAGUUAUCCCUGAGAGUUCUGAAAUAAGGUUGAACUCAUUCAGUAAAUAUUUGACAGCUUAUUACCUGAACGGCACUGUUACAGUAAGCGCCCAGGAAGAUGUCAAAACGAAGCGAGAGCCCCGCCCCCAAACCCUUACACUCCUAGUCAUUUGGCCGCUACAAGGAGCUCAGCCAGUAUGUGUGGAGUAAGUGGAACAAACCAGUUAAAAGAAGAUUCCAGCGAGGAAGGAGGAGAACCAGCAUCCAGCGACACGAGGGUGGUUUGCCUGCGAUCAGACUACAGGUGGACGUCCGUGAGAAGCAGGCGGGCACGCGUGCGCAGUGCACAGAGCAGGCCUCAUGGCGGGCGAGAAUGGUGUCUGGUGAGCCUGAGCUCAGAAGGAGCUGAUGUUGUGGACAGUUGUUCGCGGGAAGACUUUUUUUUAAAAAAAACACGUAUUAAAAGCAAGAACAAAGGAAAAUAUAGGUCAGCUGUCUGGUACAGACGCCGUAGUGUUAACUAGUUAUAUUGAGAACUCAUUGAUUUAUUCAACAAUGACUUGGUCUACUGUUUGCUAGGCUAUUUAAUUUCUGGUUUUUCCAUAAAGGAAAAUGGUCUAACAAGAAGAAUUGAGCAAACAUGAGUAAACGAGAAUUUAAGACUGAAAUAGGAAUGAAAGUAAUAAGAGAGCAUUCAGUCUGCUUUAAAACUCGUGUUCCUGACGUGGGUGAGUUGAAAGCAUUUGUAUUCAUCUUUGAAGACCCAGAUCAUUAAGAAAGUUUUCAUCUGGAGACGGGCUGGGGUGGAGAUGGACGGAUGUCUGGCCUUUAAACAAAGGAUACAGGUCCCUGACCCUGACAUUUAUCUUUUGAAAUUUCUGAAGCCAGUGAUUAGAUAUGUUUUGUGAACACUCGGGAAGGGAAACAGCGAGCCCUAGAAGCCAGAGAACGUUCCGCGGGCACCCGCCUGCCUGGUGAGCGUGGCUUCUUUCCCUCAGCGGGACGCUCGGGCCAUUCAGUGAGAGGGGUGCGCUGGUGUGUCUGCUGUCUGUGAAUUUCUUCAGGCUUGUGCCACGUUUUUAUAAUGUCCACAUGGAGGUACGUGGCCUGGACUGUGGCACUUCUAAAUGUCCCAUUGUUAGUUGGGUGUCUUCAGUCCAAGUGUCUAACAGGUUGAGAGCCCGAAGGGUGGUUUCCAGUGACAGAGCGCUGCAUUGUACUUAUCCUGACCAUCAGUAAAUUUGCAAGUAACUCUAAUCUUAGCGGUAUAAUUAAUAUUUCAGAUGACACAAGUCAAGAUUCAGAAAGAUUUAGAAAGUUUAGAAUGAUAAUCUAAAACAAACAAGAUGGAAUUAAAUAGAAGUAAAUACUGUAACUCAGAAUUCAGAUUUUUAAAAUUACACAAGCACAAAAGGGCAAGCUGAGGCCUAGCAGAGGGGCACGUGGUUUUCUGUUAAGGUGCAUACGUGGGCCUAAGGCUCCAGCUGGCUGCAGACUCAGUGUGAGUCCGUGCUUUGAUGUGUGUGCCCAAAAAGGCAACUCCGCCUUCUGACUGUAUUAAUAGAAGUAUGGUGUCUGGAUCAAGGAAGGCACUGGUCCUCUGCAUUCUUUGCUGCUCAGGGCACAUCUGGAGGUUGCGUUUGGGUUCUGGGUCCUCCAUUUUAAGAGACUCUGACAAAGCAGCACACAGCCCGAGGAUGGAACCAGGGUGGGGAAUGGUUCCUUUCUCUCCUUCACUCGUCUGAUAUUGAGAGUCUUCUGCGUACUCAGCUCUGAGGUCGGUAGAAUCAAGGGUGUAUAGCUUGUGGAGGGGACUUAGCAGAGAAAUAAGAGCUGAAUUUAAAAGUGCAAAGUGUUGUCUUUUGAAAGAACUUUGACCUAGUAGCUUUAAUAUCUCCUGUUAAACUUCUGAGGGCAGAAGUAGGAGCAAUGACCAGGAGUUACGAAGAGGCAGGCUUUGGUGGCCCAUCUUUGAGAAGCAUCCCUAACGCACUGAAAUUAUCCUUUUCAGGAAUCAAGUAACUUCCCCAAAGGCGCAUUCCUAGUUGGUGGCAGAGUUAGGAUAAAAGCCCAACUCUGGAUUCCCAGGCCAGAGCCCCUGGCUCUGCCACGAUAUUACACAGGGGAGUUCUGCCUGGGGAGGAGGCUGGACAGGGGUGAACUCUCCCUUCCAGCUCUAAAGCUGUAUGUGUCUGUAAGCCUUUGCUACAAAUAAUCCCUUUUUUCUCAGUGUUUUCAUUCAUGAGUUGGUGAGAGUUGGUGAGAUAGGAAUGGAUAACCACUAAGGCUCAACAGAGGAUUUCUUUAACUUCCUUGAUAAAAAAUACUUCAAUUCUUAAAACAUAUUAAUUUUAUAUCUGCAAUAAAAAUUUUUCGUGGCUAGAUAUAAAACUGUGGCGCUCAGAUUCUUAAAUCGUGGUGUUUGGGCAGUAUUUCAUCUUCCCUUGAAGCACAUGGUUUAAAGAUGUGGAUCCAGGAUUUAAAACAUGAAAGCAAAACUCAGAGAAGUUGUGUGCGACCCUGUGAACCGCUUUAGAUUUCACAGCAGUCAGUGGGAGACAGAAACAGGAGCUUCUCGCCCUUGCAGUUCAUCCCCUCCUCAUUCUCCUCCCGGCGCAGGGCAGGAGAGGAUGGGAACCGAGAUACACAGGCAGAGGGCAGCGAUGCUGAGACACGGCCCAGCAGCCUGCAUCUGGCUGGUUGUAGGACCGGGAAGCCUAGAGCCGAGAGCUGAUGGGGAACCAUGUAUAAACAUGAGAAGGGGCCGCAGUGGGAAAGCAGAGGCCUGGGAAAGGAAUCGCAGGGAAGGGAGCUGUGGCUUCUGUCAGGUGUGAAGUUGGCGAGAACAACUUGUCGAUGAGUGGGAAGCGCUCUGGAUCCACACCAUUGCCCGCAAGCUCCCCUUCUCCCCACCCUGGAGGUGGAGGCUGCUGGUUUACCGAGCAGCUGCUGGAAGGAGUGCGCUGGGGCUGUGGGUAUGGAACACAUACCUGGGUGUGAGCCACUGGCAAACUUCAUUUUACAGGGUGCUUGGGGGUGGGUGGAGGGGGGCCUGUUUCCAAGAGGCUAAAAAUGUGGCUUGAGUUUUUCCUCCUUCUCUUGGAACUCUUAAUUCCUUAUACUAUGUCAGUGUUUUCCAAACUCCUACUUCAGCUCACAGUAAGAAACACCUUUUUCAUCAUGACCUCCCGUGGACACACACACAAAGACCCAGCUUCUGUAUCCACAUGGUCACGCAGACGUGGAACAGAAGGCUGCACUUGUGUGAUUUCUCUUCUUACCUACUUCCAUUUACGUGUUUCUGAAUGUUGUCACAGACCACAGAGCAGAUGACCUGUUCCCUCUUGCUGUUCAGCCCACAGUUUGAGAAAUACUCUAUGCCAUGAUCCGGUGGCUUAAAUGACAGUGAACCCUGCGCUGAGGGUGACAGAAUGUAUCUACACUUCUGAUCUGUAGAUGUGUUUACGGUGAGAGAAGCUUUAACCGCAUCUCCCCUUUCUCUCUCUUUCCCUUUGAGCCAUGUCUGGCCCAUCUGGCCGGCCGUGUGCGUGGGGCAGUCGCCUCGGUGUUGAAUGCAGGGGGGCAGGGACGAGUGUCCUGGUCUCUCACUUGGGCUGCGCGGGUGCUUUUGUUAGAAUACUGCCAUCACUCUCAUGGACGUCUUCUGUGCUGUUUCACAGUUCUUCUCCCCUCCCCUCCCCAUUAAGCCGUAAUCGCUCAGGGCCCUCCUUGGCUCAGCCAUAGCGGCAACCUGGGAAAAGAAGUGAAGGGAGUUUGGCCGGUCAGAUUAGACGUGGUCCCUAACGCUUUCUCUCCUUACUCUGGAGAUGUGCUUCUGCUGUUUUGAUGGGAAGCGACCUUCUGCUGACCUUGAAGUGCCAUCUUAAGCCCUAGUAUUAAACUGUCUCCUUUUUAGCCACUGCUUCAUUCCCUGAUCUGUAGCUGUUUCAGACCAGCCCCUGUGGACGUGGACUGGACGUGCACCCCCAGUGCAGCAGGUGCCCUGGUCUCUGCAUGCUCCCCCCUCCCCGUCUGGCAUCAGAGAGGCCCUUGCAUGUCUCAGUGUUGGUCUGUUGUUGGUUUUUUCUCGCUUUAUUGCCUCUUCUGGGCCCCCCGUACUUGGGGCUUCUAGAUGCUCAGAAUCAUCCGAGGUGGCCUGACAGAACAGGCCUGGUCUGGCUUGCUUUCUUCUUUUCUUUGGGAGAAAGAUAGGAAUGCAGAAGAAGACAGAUCUAAGUCAGGUAGCAGAGCCGGAACAGUAGUGAAAAUAAAACCAGUGCUAUUUGGGGCUAUUCUCUGCCGUAUUUAUUUCAGCAUAUUUACCUCAUGCAUCUUGUAUUGCAUAAACAAUAACAUUUGUAUUUAGUAAAUGAUUUCUUAUAAAUAAAUUGUAAAUAGUAAAUAGUCCAAGGGAUGCGUGUGUGUCCACCUUGAAACUUCAGCUCUCUGCCAGGGUCAUCGUGGGAGCAACAGACUCCAGAAGCUGAUGCUGGACAGGCUGCUGUGAGACACUGCACUGCAGACACAUAAAGCCCAUUCUUUUUGCUUCAAGACACAGAUUUCUUUUUAACCUUCUCACUCCUGGGUUAAGAGCAGGAAGACACCAUGUGGAGCAGAGAGAAAAGGGAGCCAAGGAGGGGCCAGUCUCUCUUUAACACCCCAGGGCCCAGGCUCCUUGCUUCCUCUGCUCCAGCCCGGGUUCGGGACUGAGGGGUUCACACAGUUAGGUACAGCGUGGUGGUGUGUCUGGAGGUUCACUGUGGAAUAAAAGGAAGGGAAAUGGGGGUGAAGGAGAGAAAGGUCAUGAAUGAAGCAACCCCUGCCCUCCACGUUGUUACCAGUGGUUUAAGUGGGAGGCGCGGGGCGAGGCAGACGGUCCAGACCCCUGGACCCGGCCGUUUGUGGCUCAGGACGGCACCGUCGGGGCCGCCUGUGGCUCACAGGCUGCGCUGUGUCCCGUGAGGGGCAGGGCAGUGGCGGCAGUGGCGGCAGUGCGGUGGGUCCCUUGGGGUGGGCCUCACCACUGUCCCCUCCCAGCUUGGGACGCUCGUCGUCCGUGGGGCAAGCCCACACCUCAGAAUCCUGUGAACAGAAAAGUGCGGCCCCUCGUCUCCGCGAGCUGCCUGGGGCUCGGACGUGAAAGCGGGCCCAGCCCGGUGCCCAGGAGGCGGGAGGAAGCCUGUGCGCUCUGAGGGGAGGCGGGGCGGGGAGAAGCCGGGAGAGUGACGGUCGGAGUCUGGUGCACCGACCUGGGCCGCGGGCUGUGAGGCAGAGCAGGGGCGCGGGGACUGCGGCGCCCGCUCUCGGGGCCAGACUCCCCUUUCACAUGUGAAGUUUGGUUCAGUCCUCCGGUUUGCACAGGUCCUGUGGUUACAUUCCUGGACUGGCUCUUCCAGGGCCUCCUGUCGGCGAGCUCUGCGCUGCAGGGCUUACGGUGCGGAGCGGUGCCCGUUCCACCGCAGCUGGUGCUGUGCCUGGAGAUCUCGGGGCUCUUUGUCAGCAGCUCUGCUCAGCCCCCGUAGCCUGCUUUGACUUGCCGGCUUGUCCUCAUCGGGCACUUAUUCUUACGUUUUCGUACUUGGGUUCCUCUUCCCAACGUUCCCGUUUAGAGCUUGAUAAGUUACAGUCAUGUAGAUGUGCAUAAAUGUGUAUUUUGCCAGGGGCUCAUAUUUGUCUGGCAUCCAGCACGUGUGCAUGAGGAGCUCAGUCACCGUGGGAGGGAACAAAGAGGACAUCCUUGCCCAGUGCAGCCCGAGGGCCUGUCUCCAUCCGCGAAUGGCCGCUGCUUCAGUGCCAUGGGGCCCGCACGGUGUAGCACGCGCCCAGGGUGACCAGGUGCCCGGACGCGCUGCUGUGCGUUGUGCUCAGUUGGGAAGGGCCAAGUGGGGGCUGAGCUCGCUCCGCAGAGUGGAGGCGCAGGCGCUACUGACUCGGGACAGACGUAAGGGCAGGUGGCUUAUUGGACGCGUCUGUGCACAAGAAACUAAUGCUGGCUGAAGCCUCUUGCUGAGGAUCCUCCUGGCUCCUUGGAGGACUUAGGUUUUUUGGCUCUCAAGUCCUUCCUCCUCCCCCUCAGGUCACUUCGUCAUUCACCUUAGCAAAGUCACACUGUGUGCGGCUCGAGGGGAAGAGGAGCUGGACCACCUGAUCCCCUGCCAAGAGCCUGCUCGGGUCAGUGCACCCGCUCCGUGACCCCCUUCUAUAAACAGGAGCAGGCAUUCUUGCUCCUGGAUCCCUUUUGUCAGCGUCUUAGGCCUGCUGAAUGAAAAGCCCUGUGAAAAGGAGAUGCGGCCCUAAUAAUAACAAUACUAUCGUGGUGGCUAUUUGGGGCCGGAGCAGCUUUGUGCCGCUCUUGAUCUCCAUCGAUGUCUGCCAUUCUUGCCCUGCCGUUACCUUUCGGACUUCCUAUUCUUAGAAUCAUCUGUGAGCCCUGGGCUUGGGGGAUUGCAGCCCCCAACGCUGGAAUGCCUAGCUUGAGUGGAAUGCAGACUGUCUGGCAGAGUGGAGGUUAAAUAAAGUUUGCCUUGGCAGCCCCCUCUGCUCCUGGAUGGGCGACAAGUAACUCGGGUGUAGAAGCGAUGGCACGAGCUGCCGUGCGGUGGGGACCAGAGCCCUCCAUGCCUGAGUGGAGUGGUGGACGGUCCACUCGUUGCAGUCGCGGCCGUGCCAAGGAGGCCUCUGCCGUCCUGAACCUCAGGUGGUGACCAUACUGCUCUGGAAGAUGCAGAGACAAAUAAGGAAUAAGGUCGAAACGCCCUGCAGGAACUGCAGGCUUGGCGUUACCUGCCCCCUCGGUCAUUGGCUCAUUUUUGAAAGAAAGACAAAGAGGGAAACGUUCGUUGUAGUGAGAACAGCUGCCAGGCGGUCCGCAGACCUCCCCCGGGGAGCUUUGGUCGUGGGGGCUCUCGUUUCCUUACAGUUAGUUGGAAAGUCCAGCUAUGAAUACGUGAGAAAAUAAUUUCUAUUCCAAAGAGAGAUCCUAACCCCGCACCUGUGCUGUAGAGCUGAGUGCCGAAGGCGGGGUAAGGAGAGAGCGCCCUUCUGGCUGGAACGGCCAGGAAGGACUGCGUGGGGGACGUGGGGUUAAACAGGUUUUGCCGGAAGAGCAGGCUUCUGCUACUGGAACAGAGACCGCCUGGCCUGUUGGGGGUCAAGGGCAGGGGUAGGGAGUCCCAAGGACGGGUCACGGGACUUGAUGUGGACGGGGUGGCCGGCGGAGGGGCUCGUCGCUCUGCAGGCCGUGUGUGCGCGUUCCUGAGAAGGGACAGUGCUCCGCCCCGGAGGGCAGCUGGAAAGGAGCGGCCUCCCCCAGAGCCCGGGGCCCUGGGGUGUUCUGUUCUAAAACUCCUGGUACAAUCUGUAGCUCGUAGCAGACACUCAGUGAAUAAAAAUAGUGCUGUUACUCCUCACCUUCAGAUUCUGUGCCCCCAGGUGGUUGAACUGGCUUGGUGUCACCUGCGAGAGCCGGCUGCCCUGUUCCGUCUGUGCCCGACUCACGCCUUGCUGUGCCCUUCCCCUCAGGGCCA